AUGGAUCACACUAACAAAAGUCGCAGUUAUACUAUCGCAUUUAAACUCGACAGGCAGCAAAAAUCAAAACUUGAGGCUGUUAAAGAAAAUAGAGGUUUUAAUAUAGAUCAAGCACGUGUUCUUAGUGGUCGAGGUCGAAAACCUAUGUAUUCUGAGCUAGAAAACGAAUUAGUUGAAUAUAUUAAAAAAAAGAGAGAAGAAAAAAUUGUAGUUACAACUUCGGUGAUCAAAAAAAAAGCAAAGGAGUUAGGUGAAACUUUAGGUAUUAGGGAUACCAAGUUUUCACGUGGCUGGUGUAAACGUUUUAGAAAAUGGCAUGGUUUUGUAGAAUGA